AUGACGCAAUCGGUCAUCGGUCCGUUGAACUCCGGUUGGCGACUGCAGGACGUCAGCGGGUCCCACUCUGAUAAACUCCGGUCCUUGGCAAUCCAACUCAUGUCGACUUCUCCCAAUCGCAAAUAUGCGUUCUUCGGCCCCUACAUCACGACGCCUGAUGCACGCGAUCUGCAGGCCCGACUCAUGAAGGAGCACUUCGCACGGCUGAAGCCGCUGGUCGAGCAGGGCGUUAUCAAACUGGGUGGCCCGGUAUACACCGACGGCAGCGCAGGUGACGUCAAGGGCGUGGCCGAUCGCAACUUCGGAGGCUCGUUCUUCAUUCUCGAGACGCCGAGCUACGACGCGGCGAUGGCGAUCAUCAAGGACGAUGUAUACUACCUCGAGGGCCUGUGGGAUGUCCCCAACCUCCACCUUGUUGAAUAUAUCGUUGCUUUCGGCAGCUACCCAUUUUGA